GUCUGGGACUUGGCGGCGCCAUCGGUCCCGAGAGCGGGGAGCUGCUGCAGCGGAGACAUUAGCUAGAAAUGAGGUGGUUAUGCGAUCCUUUAUCGAGUACUUACUUUGUGUGCCGGGAGAAGCCAGGACAGGCAUGUUAUUUGAUCUUCACGGAGGCCCUGUGGCUAAGGCAUAUUGUCAUCGCCAUUUUGCAGAAAAGAAAGUGCUUCCUCUGGAGAAGCAGCUCCAUGAAGCCGCUCGUCGGAACAACAUCGGGAAGAUGAAGGAACUGAUCGAGAGGAAAGUCAACAUCAGGGCCAGAAACCAUGUGGGCAGGGUAGCCCUGCACUGGGCUGCAGGCGCAGGGCAUGAGCAAGCUGUGCGGCUGCUCCUGGAGCACGAGGUUGCCGUGGACGAUGAGGAUGCGGUAGGGGACCCCCGAUACAGGCACCUCAGUUUCGGGAUGAACUCGCUUCUCCUGUCUGCCUGGUUCGGCCACUUACGGAUCCUGCAGAUCUUGGUCAACUCUGGGGCCAAGAUCCACUGCAAGAACAAGGAUGGCCUGACCUUACUACACUGUGCAGCCCAAAAAGGCCACGUGCCAGUGCUGGCAUUCAUAAUGGAAGACCUGGAGGAUGUGCCCUUGGACCAAGCUGAUAAGCUGGGAAGGACGGCAUUUCACCGGGCUGCUGAGCACGGGCAGCUGGAUGCCCUGGACUUCCUGGUGGGCUCUGGCUGCGAGCACAGUGUGAAAGACAAGGAGGGGAAUACAGCCCUUCACCUGGCUGCUAGCCGUGGCCACCUGACUGUGUUGCAGCGACUCGUGGACAUCAGGCUUGACCUGGAAGAGCAGAAUGCGGAAGGUCUGACUGCCCUGCACGCAGCGGUCGAAGGCAUCCACCCUGACUGCGUGCAGCUGCUCCUUGAGGCUGGGAGCAACGUGAACGCCCUCACCCAGAAAAAGCAGAGCUGCCUCCACUACGCAGCCCUGGGUGGCUCUGAGGCUGUGGCCCGGGCCCUCAUCCAUGCAGGAGGCCACACCAACAUAGCUGAUCAUCAGGGUGCCUCUCCUAUGCACCUCGCUGUGAGGCACAACUUCCCCGCCUUGGUCCAGCUCCUCAUCGACGCGGGCAGUAACCUGGAUGCCACUGACAAUAGGCAGCAGACACCCCUCCACCUUGCUGCGGAGCACGCCAGGCCGGACAUAGCAGAGAUGCUCCUCGUCGCGGGGGUUGACUUAAACCUAGGAGAUAAGCAAGGGAAAACCGCCCUGGCAGUGGCCGCCCGCAGCAACCACAUCAACCUGGUGGAUAUGAUCAUAAAAGCUGAUCGCCUCUACAAAUGGGAGAAGGAUCACGUCUUGUGCAGGGACCCCAGGGAUCCCUCUGGGAAGAACUUGACCUUUAAGCAGGACCAUCGGCAGGAAAUGCAGCAAUUCUACUCUGUGCUGUGGCAACUGGCUUCCAGGCACCUGCGGCCUCAAGAGUGGAAGAAGCUCGCCUACUGCUGGGAGUUCACCGAGGCCCACGUCCGUGCCAUCGAGCAGCAGUGGACAGGCAUCAAGAGCUACCAGGAACAUGGCCACCGAAUGCUGCUGAUCUGGCUGCAUGGUGUGGCCACGGCCGGUGAGAACCCCAGCAAAGCACUGUUCGAGGGCCUUGUGGCCAUUGGCAGGAGGGACCUGGCUGAAAGCAUCAGGAAGAAAGCAAAUGCUGCCCCGGCUGCCCCCAGGAGGUGUAUGGCCAUGUAACCGGAGGGGCCGGAUCUUCAGCGGCAUGGAGACUCCGAAUGGGGGCCACUGAGCCUCAGAGGACCACCAUUUAAGGGCUUUUUAAAAACCACUGUUAACAGACCUCCAGCUGCUCAUCCUAAAGCACCCAGCCCUGCAGGACCAGCAGGCACUGUUUGUAAUCUCUUUCACAAGGCUUGGUCCGACGGCCAGUUCAGGUUUUGCAGGUGAUCCCUUCCCACAGGUGCAGUCCUUUGCAGCUCUUGGAGCUUCACAGCAGUCCCCUGAGAUGCAAGGGCCAUCUCUUCAGAGAGGACACUGACGCUCCCAGUGGAUAAGUAGCCAACUGCUGUUGAGGUCAGGUGCCAAACCCAGCAUUCCUGUCUCCCCAGCCUGGCAAAAGGGCUCCAACUGUCACAAAAUUGACCUCCUUUGACUCAUUCACUGCCUUUUAAUGAAUGCUGUGCUUACUCCACAGGGUUUCCA